CUCUCAGUGUGCUGCAGUCUUGGUGUUUGUGGUUCUUGGAUAAUUCCACUGUAGAUAUGUUGGCGGGCGGGUGAGCGGACGAAGCUCUCUUCACAUGCAUGUUUAAUUGUCUCCAUUUCACAUCGUUUCCAUGUGUCCAGCACACGGCAACAUCUCCAACAACUGAACUGCUCUUUAGCACAUACGCACACAGAGAGUCUAAGGGCCACAUUGCACACCUGACCAUUUUUCGCAGAUGUAUUCCCUCCCUAUAGGAAAAAGCAUGUACGCCACACUGGUGAUUGUGCUGUAAAAACCUACCCUCUGCCUGGCAGAUGUGUGAAUGGAUAUUCUCGCAUUCAGCAGUGUGCAUAGCCUGCCCCACAGAGAUGCUCUUCUUGGUGCCCCCAGCUUCAGAGCUUAGGCAGAAUGGCAACUGGGGAAAGAGCCCCAGGAAAAGAACAUAUUAAACAAGACCGAGGAGGAAAAGAAGAAACAGGAAUAAGAAGAUAAAAUCUGUCAUAUUUGGACCGACUUAGAUUCAAACUCCACAAUUGUUACAGUGUCUGAUGCCGAGUGUCCAGAAGCUCCUCUUAUGUGGUAACCCUGGAUCAGUUUCAGUUUGUGACUCCUGAGGAUAUGGACAAGUUGCUUGGAAUGGUGCAGCCUACUUCCUGGUCUCUCUUGAUCGUUGCCCAACAUGGCUUAUACUAUCAGGAACCUCAAACAAGUUUGAUGCAUGAGGCAGUGAAUCCUUCUCAAGUCCUGGAAGCACAUUGGAAAACCAAGUUCUGUUUUCAUUAGUAUUUAUAUAUCCUUGGAAGACAUGAUGAUGGUUGCUUUUCUUCUGUGGGUCAUCUUGGCUCGAGGCAUUGCAGCCCGUUGCAAUCCAAAUAAAGCAGAUGUAAUUCUGGUAUAUUGUUAUCCUAAAACCAUAAUUACUAAAAUCCCUGAAUGUCCUUAUGGAUGGGAAGUUAAUCAGCUGGCUCUUGGUGGAGUUUGCUAUAAUGGGGUCCAUGAUUCAGGAUAUUACCAGUUUACAAUCCCGGACUUGUCACCCAAAAAUAAAUCGUACUGUGGAACUCAAUCAGAUUUUAAAAGCUCCAUCUAUCACUUCUAUAAUUCCAUUAUCUCCAAUGACACCUCAGUAAUUUUGAAGAGCCAGCCUGUGAACUAUUCAUUUACAUGCACGUACCAUGCAAACUAUCUGGUGAACCAUGCUGCCUUUGACCAAAGUCAUGUGACAUUUUCUGCCUCUUUUAGAGUGGCAACAGUUCACGUGAAGAAUGGCAGCUCUGGUUCAUUUGAAAGUCAGCUAUCCCUCAACUUCUAUUCUAAUGCCAAGUUUUCAAGCAAGAAGGAAGCCCCCUUUAUUGUUGAAACUUCAGAUAUUGGUUCAGAUGUAUUUGCUGGAGUAGAAGCAAAAGGCUUAAGUAACAGAUUUAAAGUAGUCCUGACCAAUUGUUGGGCUACUCCCUCAUCAGAAUAUUUCUAUCAAAUCCAGUGGCCUUUAAUAACUAAGGGGUGUGCGACAGAUGAAUCCAUCUUAGUGCAUGAAAAUGGGAAAGACAGCCGGGCCACUUUCCAGUUUAAUGCAUUCCGGUUCCGGAACGUUCCCAAGCUUUCCAAGGUGUGGCUGCAUUGCGAGACACAUGUGUGUGACAGUGAGAAGUUCUCCUGCCCUGUGGCGUGUGCAAAACGGAGACAACGUCUGGAGCAAACUGGAGGUGUUUUAAUGGCUGAGCUCAAUGUGAACAGCCAAGGAUUAUCCAGGAAUUUCAAUCUCUCAGCUAUUCUUUUCCAUGUAUUCCUCAUGCUUGGAGUCUGUGCAGUUUUACUAUAAUACUCAGUCCACCAUCAGAUGUUGAUGCAUCAUCUUCAUGGUACUCCACUGCUACAGAGAGAUGCUUAUUUUACCUGUUGAAUUAUUUUACAUGAGAAAAUAAAUAAUAUCUGACCUAUGUUUCUGUGGCAUCUGAGAACAAUGGUGAUUUGUACCACAUGUGCGUUUAAAAAAAAUCUCAGCUCAAGUCUUCUGCAUGGAAGAAAAAGCAUAACAACAUGAGAAACAAGUCAAGAAGCUGUGUUUUCAUACUGCUGGUCCACAUGUGAUGGCCCUCAGUUUUCUUUCUGUUUGUAUCAAGGAGCUAAAUUAUUCUUGAGAUUCUGAUGCAAUCAGGUCUUCCACACAGCAGGGAUUGAUGUUAUUA